GUGUAUGUGUGUGUGUGCGUGCGCGCGCGUGUCUGCCUGCUCUGCUGUUGCUGCCCUUUGAUCCCUGCAUUAGUGUUAGUUAGGGGCUCGGAGACACACUUGCACCGAGAGCAGCCAUAGUCAAGACACGGCAACAACAACAGCGGCACCUCCUCCGCCUGUGUGUUCCCAUUCCCCCAACAAUACACUUUAAACCGAGCAAAGCCAGGUGCACGACCAAGUCCCUGCCAUCACUGGCGCCUCCAGUCUCAAUGGGAAAAACCUUUUUUCUUCUUAUCCCUAAACAAGGACGAGAAUGUGAUUAAAAACGGGGGAAAAUGCCAAGGAGGAAGCAGGAGCAACCCAAGCGCCUGCCUUCACAUGUGGACAGCAACGAGGAAGGAGGGCCUGAUGGCACUGCUGUGGAGGAGGAAGGCUGGUUUGGGAACGCCUCUGACACGCGCUCAGAGUCGUCGUCUUUUGGAGACACCCAGGAUGAGGUCCUCCUGCCCAGGGGCUCCUCUCCCGACGAACGACCUGGAGUCAGCGCUGGGUCUGGGGAUCAUGACACCUGCGGAGGUGAGAGCUCGCUGGGUUGCCCCACGCCUGUCCAUCGUGCCUCUUUGGAACUUCUUGGAUUGGAUGGAGGUGCAUUCUCGGCCCAGGACACGCUCUCGUCUGUGGUAUCGUCACUCUACGGCGAGGCAGCAUCUCGAGCCCUGGGAAAGCCCCUCAGCAGCAACCUACGGCGCCUCCUAGAGGCUGGGUCGCUAAAACUCGACACCGGGGAGCUCUUGGGUCGGUCAUCCCGGGGAGGGGCUGGGGGCGACUCUCCUCCAAUAGGUCUAGCCCCACCUUUGACACUCUCCCCAUCUUCCCACCACGCCCAGCAGUUAAGUGCUCUUGCCCGAAAACUGGCCAGUAACAACAACAACAGUGGCUCAGCCUCACCGGCCUCCACAGCUCCUUCAGCCACUAACAUCAAGCAAGAACCCUUAGACCCCUUUAACUCUGUCACACCAAGCAACGGCAGUGGGUUUGUAUGGGCAGGUGUGGCAGAUAAGUGGCCCCCAGCCAGCUGCUCCACGCCCUGCGGCUCCAGCCUGUCCCCAGACUCUGCAAUCCAGAAGUUAAAAGCAGCAGCCAACGCUGUGCUUCAAGACAAGAACGCUGUGGCCUCCUCCUCAACGACAUCUUCCUCCUCAUCCACCUCUGCCUCAUCUGCAGUGCCCACCCUGGGUGGGGGUGGUCGAGGAGACGAUGUGGUGCGCUUCGAUGCCUUUAACUCUCCGUUUAGCCCGCAGUCAGCUAGCUCCACCCUCGCUGCGCUCUCCAAGAAAGUCAGUGAGCGGAGCCAAGCCUCGUCAACGGCCAGUGCUGCUACAGACCACCAAGCAGCAAGUUCCUUCCUCUCACUUGUGUCUAUGACCUCCUCUGCUGCCUUGCUCAAAGAGGUGGCAGCCAGGGCAGCAGGAAACCUGCUGGCAGAGAAGAAAGACAGUUCCCCCUUGGCAACUACUGGGGUCCUCCAAGAGGACGUGAAGCCCCUGUUGGACAAGAACCAGAAAGCACCCACGCCCUCUACACCCAACCAGAGCCUAGAGUUGCUGUUGCCCUCUCCUCCCAAGGGCAGAGGGAAGCCCAGCAACCAAGCAGGCUCUCCUGAGGAUGGUGGCAAACCAUUCCAGUGUCCUGUGUGUGGCCUGGUCAUCAAACGCAAGAGCUACUGGAAGAGACACAUGGUCAUCCACACAGGCUUGAAAAGCCAUCAGUGUCCGCUGUGCCCCUUCCGCUGUGCUCGCAAAGACAAUCUCAAGUCCCACAUGAAGGUACAUCAGCACCAGGACCGGGGUGAGACAUUUCAGUGCGAACUCUGUCCCUUUACCUCCUCCCGUCACUUUAGCCUGAAGCUUCACAUGCGCUGCCACCAGCACUUCCCACGCACAGACGUCAAGGUGAAAGAGGAGAUCACCACCGACACAGAAGGCGAGGGCUCCCUGAUGGGUGACGGCAGUUCCGCAGACAUGAGAGCGACGGAGGUGUCCCCGCUGCACUCGGACGCUCAGCAGCAGACGUCCCCUCCAGUUGAGGCGUCCUCCAAUCACGUCCACAUCAAGGAGGAGCCCCAAGAGCGAGACCUGUCCGUGCUCUCCCCAUUCAGCAUCUGCAGGGACCGUGGCAGCAGCGCCAACUCCCUGGACCUACCCGGAGUUGGGGUCGGAGUCGGCGUCAGAUCCAGUCCCAGCGCUCCGACCACAGCCUCCUUAUUCAGCCCUGACAUCACUACCAAAACGGCCACUGACCUGCUUAUGAAGCUUUCAGCGGCCAAUCAGAGGGAGACACUCAAAUCUCCAUUCCAACUGAAGGAAGAGCCCAAAGUGGAGGAAGCACUGAGCCCGAGACCAUCCUCCCAGUCCCAGAGCCAGAUCCAGCCAAGCUUCCCUACGACUUUCAGCCCAGAUGGCCCAACGGUGGCUGCAGUAGCCACAGAUCGCCCAGGGUCACUGAAACCAAGAGAAGGAAGCCCCAUGGCUAAGAACAGCUUGCUGAGCCAGGAUAUCAACGUUAAGGUCGCCUCUGAGUUGCUGAUUAAGCUUUCAGAGAACAACAAAGAUGCCCAAUACCAGAAGGUGAAGGUAAAGGCAGAACCCAUGGAGGUGGACCCACCACCUGCAGACCUCACCCCACCUGCCUCCCACAUGCUAGCCUUCAGCACUUUAGGGGCGAGUGAGAAGAGCGAGCCAAUGAGUAACCUCCACGAGACGUUGGCAUGCCCCCAGAAAGAUCUCUUCUCGCAAGACAUAUCGGUCAAAAUGGCCUCUGAACUAUUGUUCAAAUUGUCAGAAAAAGUCAGCAAAGCCAACAACCACAAAGACAGUAACAUGGUGGGGAUAAACAGUCCAUUUCUGGACGAGUGCUUCAGACAAUCACCCUUUAACUCGCGCUCCAAGAGCACUUCGCCUGCAGAGGCCAGCUCCUCUACCAGGGUACCAUUCAACGACUCGGAAAAGGAUGACGGAGAGCCGGGAAAUGGGAUCGCCCAGUGGAGAUUAAACGAACAGCUCUUCCCCUGUCCCAUUUGUGGCAAGGUGUUUGGUCGACAGCAGACCCUUUCUAGACACCUCUCCCUGCACACAGAAGAGAGGAAGUACAAGUGUCACCUGUGUCCUUAUGCAGCCAAGUGCAGGGCUAACCUCAAUCAGCACCUGACCAUCCACUCUGUCAAGCUGGUCAACACAGAUGCUGAGCAGAUUGUCAGCGCUGUUACAGCCGACUCCACCGAGCGCAAGAACUGCCCGUACUACUACAGCUGCCAUGUGUGUGGUUUCCAGACGGAGCUGAAUGCCCAGUUUGUCAGCCACAUGUCGCUCCAUGUGGACAAGGAGCAGUGGAUGUUCUCGCUCUGCUGCAGCGUCUGUGACUAUGUGUGCAUGGAGGAGACCGACAUGAGGAACCACAUCAGCACUGGGCACGCAGGUCUGAACUCGAGAAGUCCCCUCAGCGAGACCAAGAGCACCUCAUCCUCCCUCUCGGCCCUCAGCGACUCGCUCAACAGCUCCGAGGGCGGAGACCUCACCCACGGUAACGAAGAACUCAAGAGUCUGUUAGCCCCGCCCUCCUCCGCCGGCAGCCAGUCCAGCUCCGGAAGCCACUCGGGAUCGGGAACCGAUGACAAGUCUGACAAAGGUUUCGAGUGCGUCUUCUGCAAUUUUGUGUGCAAGACACGCAGCAUGUACGAGCGCCACCUCCAGAUCCACCUCAUCACACGAAUGUUUGAGUGCGACGUUUGCCACAAGUUCCUCAAGACGCCCGAGCAGCUGCUGGAGCACAAGAAGUGCCACACCGUCCCCUCCGGAGGGCUCAAGGUUUGUGAAGCGCUUUGGGGCCCAGAGCAGAUGAAAGGUGCUAUUUAAAUGUGCCCUUUUUGCAUCUACUCCACCAAUCGUCCAGCGGCCAUGGAGUGCCACCUUAAGACGCACUGUAAGAUGGAGUACCGCUGCCGCAUCUGCCAGGGACUGUGGCCCGACCAGGCCUCGCUGGAGGCCCACAUGCGCAGGCACCGCCUGGGCAACCACUACAAGUGUGAGCAGUG